AUGAACAAACUACAAAGACAGCCACCGGCACAGGCACAAAGACCCAGUCCGCUGCCGCAAGUGAAUACGCAAAUUCCAGCCGAAUCCCUUGAACUCAUCAGAAACAGACUAAGUCAGGUCCACCAGUCGCUAAGGAAACUAGCUGACCAGAUCAACCUCCAUAACCGGAACCCGGCCAAGGUUCGUCUUCCGUCGUAUUCGAAUCUUCAGUCCCAGUUUCAGGUGCUUAUAACGCAGCUACAAACAAUUGCUGCUAGGUUGGACUCUAACGAUGAAACACUCAAGACAACGAACGUGUAUCCACUUCCUGCUUUUCCUACUACACAACAUGAAGGGCUUGUGACGACGUUGUUGAGAAAGAAACCGCUUCCUGAGGUGGACGAAUGGAUAGACGCUGCUAUUGCUGAAAGUGACCAGUUUAAGUUACCUAUCCACGCAGAUGACGAUUUUGCUGAGUGGUGUUAUGCGAAAGUGAAGGAACUAGAGGAUGAAUUCACGUUUGAAGGGUUCCAUACGGAAGCUGAGUUGGAAUUUAUGGAGACAGACGAGGGCCAGAAGGCAGAGGAGGCUCGGAAAGAGGCAGAUAAGGAGAAAGAGAAGCUUAACAGUGAAGUUAGCGGUGGAAAGACCCCCAUGUCCCCUAAUGUUGUGCUUCGGUUCAUCAACCGUGGAGUUAUUCAGUAG